CCCAGAGCCUCAGUCUCGGUUACGUAAUGGCAUGCAGCAAGCUAAACACUGCCGAGUCUGGGCAUUGUUAUCUUGUGAUUUAUGACAUAAUUAUGACAUGAGUGACUGAGUGCAAUUUUUCUUUGUGCAAAUUCUGCUUUGACUUUUAUGAUUUAUGAUAUUUACGAUUUAUGAUAAUUGCGUUAUCUGUCAACUAUAUUUUUAAUGAAUUAAGUACUUUUGCAGUACGUUUAGUGCAGUAUUUUCAGUUUUCUCUGCUUAGUUUCGUAAUCGAAUUUACCAUCCAGUCUAGAUAGCAUCGAGCACCUGUCUUCAUAGAGCGCCAAAGCAAAAUAUUCUCACGACAUACAUAUUCUUUAAAUCGGAAGUGAACUUAAGCCCUAAGUACUUAGCGUCGACACCAUCCUCCUCUUGUUCGGGAAAUGAAAUGGAGUGCAAAGUGCAUAUUCGUCUCCCCGAGAAACCUAUAAUUCCAAUGUGUAUUUCUAGAGUUCAGUGCACAUUCCGGUCCAGGUGUCAAGAUGUCUUCGAGCGGCGACAGUCUCCUCGACGCAGAGGGCGAGAGGGAAGAGCGAGGACACUGGUCUCACAAAUGCGACUACCUCUUUACAAUGACCGGCUAUGCCAUCGGGCUUAGCAACGUGUGGAGGUUCCCUUACCUGUGUUAUGUGAAUGGCGGAGGGGCGUUCCUGGUGCCCUACCUGUUGAUGCUGGUGCUGGUGGGCAUCCCGCUGUUCUUCCUGGAGACGGCCGUCGGGCAGUUCAGCUCCUCCAGCUGCCUCGCCGUCUUCUCCGUCUGCCCGGCGUUCAAAGGCAAGGAGCUUGCUCUGAAAGGACCUUGUGGAUGUCUCGGUAUGGCAUCCCUCGCUAUCAACUUGGUGACGGUAGCGUACUACAUCGUUUUAGUUUCGUAUCCCCUGCUGUUCAUCACUUACUCUUUCACCUGGGACCUCCCGUGGGCCUCGUGCGGGAAUAGCUGGAAUUCGCCCAACUGCACAGCUGACGGAGAAGUGAAAGACGGCAUCUCUUCAGCCGAUGAAUUCUUUCACCGGAAGCUCCUGCGCGCCUCUUCCGGCAUCGACGACGUCGGCCGCAUCGAGUGGCCGGUCGUCGUGGUGACCUUCGUGGUCUUCGUCUUCCUCUUCUUCUGCGUCUUCAAAGGGAUCAAGAUUCUGGGGAAAGUCAUGUGGCUCACAGCAAUUUUCCCGUUCGUCAUGCUGUUCAGUCUACUGAUACGUGGGGUCACACUUCCGGGAGCCGUGGAUGGAAUCUACUUCUACAUCUACCCCGAGUUUAACAGACUCAAAGAGAUGAAGGUAUGGGCGGCAGCGGCCAUACAGAUCUUCUACUCCUUGGGCCCAGGAUGGGGGUCGCUCAUCUGCUUCGGCUCCUACAACAAGUACCGCAAUCGGUGCACGAGAGACGCGCUCAUCGUCCCCGUCCUGAACUGCAGCACCUCCAUCCUGGCGGGAUUCGUCGUCUUCUCGGUGCUCGGCUUCAUGGCGAAGAGAGCGGGCGUCUCCGUUGAAGAACUUGCUGUUGCUGGCCCGUCCUUGGUGUUUGUCGUCUACCCCGAGGCCUUGUCUCUGAUGCCGGUUGCUCCCCUGUGGUCUGUCCUCUUCUUCCUGAUGUUGUUCUUCCUGGGCAUUGACGCCUGUUUCGCUCACACAGAGACCCCAGUACUGUGCGUCUUGGACGAAUUCCCAAAGUUACGUGGUCGCAGAGACUGGGUCACUUUCUUCGUUUGCUUCAUUUCCUUCUUGGCAACGAUCAUCUUUGGAACGGAUGGUGGGAUAUACUGGAUAACACUGGUCGACUGGUACUGUGCUUCUUUCACCGUUAUUAUCGUUUGUUUUUGCCAGAUAUGCAUAUUCAGUUACACCUAUGGCGCUGGUCGAACUGUGCAGGACCUUCAGCUGAUGACUGGACGACCCAUUGGCUACGGCUGGUGGGGCACUUGGCUGGUCGUCACGCCCCUCGUCCUCCUCGGCAUCCUCAUGAACACUGUGCUGAAUCAGUCUGGCGCAGGAUACCGAGGGGUCACCUUCCCGACCUGGGCUCAGAGCACCGGCUGGGUCAUCGCUCUCGCCUCCAUCCAGUUCAUUCCGACCUACUUCCUCUACUACUUCUGUUUUAGAACUGCUGGCUCGCUCAAACAGCGGAUGAGGACCUGCCUGUCCCCGUCCGCGGCUUGGGGUCCAGCCAAAGAGAGCCACCGGGAGGAGUGGAUGCAGCACCGCCUCAAGUACCCGCUGCGUCACCGCCUCCUGCACCCCAGCCUUUGUGAAAACACCAGUUCUUCACCGGAUGUGUUUUUGAAAGCCCUGUGAUAUGUCUAUGAAUGUCAAAAAAUGACUCACCAGAUUAGUCUCUGAUUCCUCACGAAAAUGUUCUUUCAUAUAUGAUUAUUUGUUUAUGAUGGCCGAAGAAGAAAGCUAGUCUGGACAACUUUUAAAUUCUCUUUGUGAGACGCGUACAACUUCAAUGCAAUUUCAUAUACGGUGAAAAUAAGUCCGUAUCAGUAAUGAUUUGUUGUUAUACGUUAAUUCAGUCGGUUCCUCCAUAUUAUUAUUAUUAGAUGGAUAUUUUGUUAUCUAUACAGUUAGUAUAUAUUAUUGCUUUAUUCGCACACCUUCGCUAUUCGCACAGUGACAAAAAAAGUAGAAAUGCCACACACGCUGUUUCAUAAUCUUAAUACAAUUGAGAUUCAUUGAAAUAUUCAUUUUACAAUAUCAUUACCAUGGAUUAUCAUGAUAAGCUCUAAUUAGUUCACACUUAGCAGCAUGAACCUUUCGGCAAGACAUCUGCGAGAUCGCCAAGGAUAAUCUUAGACCAAGUCAGGGACAAAUUUAAUGACAAACGUCGUCAAAUCUGAAUUCGCCAAAGAAAAUUCGGCGACCUUUUGUGUAUACUGGUCCAGGCACCCUCGAGUAUCCGUAAUAAAAUGCCUUGCUUUUACCAAGACUAUUUGUGUUAGAUGUGGGUGGUUUGUCCUUUGACAUAAUCUUUAACAAAUUUGUGAUACUAUAUUUGUGUAA